UGGUACAAUUUCCCUUGAAUGAAUUCAGUCACCUAAAUGUUGGUGUUUUUCAGAUUCAAUGUUGCAUCCAGCGUUUAGUAUGAACAACAUUUGAGGCAGAGCUAUCUUCCUCUACACAGCGUCGAGAGCCGUCUUCAUUCUCUCUUCACCUCGCCAACCAAUCACAAUGCGUCGCAUCCACCGCGCGGACAUGGACAGCAUCAUGGAGCCUUGCCGAUCAAAGGAUGAAGUCACCAGACCACUGACCAGCGAAAACGUCAGUCGACAUGAGAUCGAAACGAUUGCUAGUAGAUUGCGGGAUAUUGCCAUCGAUUUAGCGCUCCUACUUUCUGAUAUAAGAGAUUCACAUCUCGGGAAUGAUACGGAUAACAUAGUGACUCUGUCUCGCUGUCACUUCCCGGGGACUCCACGGGUGGCCGACCUUAUUGCGCCGGUCUACCUUAAGGAGACAGAUGGACAUCUGGUUUCUAUUCGUUCGUUCAACGACACUCCCAGACCAACAGACCAAGACAGAUGUCGUGAGUUCCAACUCGGAUCCAACAUUAGCCUUGAGGCUUCCCUUACAUCUCUACCGCAGGCGAUAGUCAUCGAAGGGGACGUGAAUGAUUUGGUGCGGAGUUCCCUGAAGCACACGUGGACAUCUCUUGCCGAAUACGGUGUCCACCUCGGUCACAUGACCACACGGCGAGCGAACACACUUCAUCAUGCCCACAUCGAAUUCCUUCGAAGAGGAAUCUAUUGGCCCACCUUAGACCUUCUGUGCCUUUUGGACAUUCUUAUGCUGGUUCAGGAACUGACUAUAAGUGAUGCCAUCUAUCAGAGGAUCCGACAAACGAUGGUUCCAACGCCGAUGAGGCGAAGUCGAAAGAAUGAUUACGAGUAUAUGGUAGCGAGGGACUUCAUGCUUGUUGUUCAAUCUGACAGUAUACUUUUUGAGAAAGUAUUGCAAAUAUUGGACUCUGAUCGUUCCAGGGCUUGAUUUGUUUCCCUACUUCCGACGUCGGCCAUAUUGGAAUCAAAGAUGGGCACCGGGAUAAACCAAUUUAGUCUAUAUCUCGGAAACUCAUGCAGACAAUACUCAAUGUUAACGCCCAUGCCCAGUCCGAACCGUUCAAAUUCACUCCAAAGUGGAUUCCAAAAUGGCUGCCAUGAAGCCGUGUUUGCCUAUUACCGGCAAAAAUAUUUACUGAGCCUUUUCAAGUGGCUUUUUUACCAGAAUAUGUACUAAUAAUGAUAUCGAGUACCAAAAUGAUCUAACUGGCUUUAAUUCUUAUAUUUGUCAGUGAUGUCACUUGCCAAUAUAAAGCGUUGAACCGCCUCAUAGUAAGGAUUCCAAUAACACUUUCGAAAAG